AUGCCGGACUUGCUGCUCUCGGCUCCACAACGCAGCUCCUUGGCCCUGCGGCUGGCAGGCCACCCUAAGAGCCUUCCAGAGUUGCUACCGCAAGGCUGCAGGAAGACAGGCGCGCAUGGCCACGUGACGCCUUGGGCACACGUGGUUCAGGGGCAGAUGCUCCGCGAUGGUGCCACUGCAGCCAAUGAUGCGAGGUGGCAGCGGGCUUCCAGUUUUGGCGCGCAGCGGGGAGCAGCUCAGCCACAGGUACCGGGACUUCUGGUACCAAGGCAGCAGUUGUUACUAGCUGAGCUGCUGCGGCCUGCGGCCCAAUGGCCUCACAGUCAUCAUACGUCACAUGAUCUCAGUGAUGACUUUGGUGGCGGUGGGGUUGAUGCUGCUCUUCACCGAGUCGCUGGACCAGAGCUAAGACGCCUAUGCGCCAGCUUGCCGGAGAUAAGCCCAGGGGUGCGAUGUCCAACCGGUGAAGCAAGGAUCACAGCUGGCGCCGACUUGCAUGUCGGGCAUGUGAUUCAUGCUGUGGCUCCAGUCUUUCCGGCCCAUGCACCUGAAGAGGCAAGAAAGCUCUUGGAGCAAGCAUUUCUGUCUGCCUUGCGACUUGCCGAGCAGUAUGCGAUUCAAGCCGUGGCCAUCCCCGCCCUGGGCUGUGGGCUCUUUGGCUGCCCUGUGGAACUUGGGGCGCGAGCCGCCAUCGAAGCUUGCAGACUUUUCUCACAGACGGAGAAGGGGCGGCCACCAGAGGUUCACUUCGUGCUGUACAAGACCUCGGAGCUGAAUGCUUGGCUGAGGGCCGCGCGGGAGGCUGUUGGCGCAAGCAAGCCGUGUGCGCCUUCGAGCCAGCAAGUGACCGACCAGCGCAAUCUCGAAAGGCUCCUGAACACCCUGCUUCAGGAAGAUGCUGAGGCACAUCCCACGCCGAGAAGCGCUAGAGAGCGCCCCCAAACGCAGAGGUGGGAACCUUGCUACGCUGGUCGGAGGCCUUCACAGCAUGUACUGCCGGAUGGCGAGCCACAUACCUCGGCGAACCAGCUGAAGUAUGGUUCGUCAGAGGCAGACACCGCUGCUGCCUUGGAGCUAGAUGCGCUGAUCAAGGCGCGAGACUGGAAGCAGGUUCAGAAGAAGAUCAAGGGGAAGGUGUGGAAGCUUAGCUGCUCAAAAGCAGGCUCGGAGCAGCUGCAGCAGUUGCUCGUGUCUGGGGGGCACGUGAAGAGCGGUGGUGCCAAGGACUGGAACGCCGCUGUUGAGACUGUGAUCUCAGAGCUGCGCACGCAUGUUAUGGAGGCGUUUUUCACCAAGCCGAAUUUCUCCAACUAUGUUCUGCAAGCUUGCAUCCAGGCUCUGUCGCCGGAGCGCUUCAAGUUUAUCCUCGAGGAGCUGAAGGAUCGCGUUCCACAGGUGGCUAUGGAUGCCCAAGGCUGCCGUGUGAUGCAGCGAAUCAUCGAACACGUGGGAGACAAGAACGAGCAUACUUUGCAGCUCCUCCAGCAAAUCCUUCCGAGACUGCGUGAGGUCGCAAUGAACCGGUAUGGGAAUCAUGUCGUGCAGAAAUUUCUGGAGAUGGCUUCUCAAAGCCAAAGGGACCUAAUUGCACAGGAGCUGCUGCGGCUAGUCCAAGAUAACAGAGAGGUCCUCUUCGAGAUGGCGAACAGCAAGUUCGCCAGCCACGUUCUUGAAAAAGCAAUGGCCAAUGCUUCCGCAGAACUGCAGGAAAGCUUUCUCUGCAUUUUGGAGACGGAGUUGCACACGAGAGUUGACAGGCGGAAGCUGAAGAAGAAAAAGUUUGGGAGCUUCGUUUGGCGCUCGUGUCUUCGUGUCCGUGCCCAGUGGGACAGCAGCCCAAAGGCAUCCUCGUCCUCAUCGUGUCCGUCCCCUGCGCCUUUCACCCCUAACGGCUUCGCAUACGAAGGCACCGUUGUGCGCUUGUGCGUAAUGUGUGUAGGGGGAGUGGUCCUGAUUUUCAAACGAACCUCCACGCGCAACGUGUUACACGUUGCCUUUAGACUUUAG